GGUGGAUCGUCUCGCCUCCUGUCAGCCUGCUCACAGCCUGUCCGCAGCACAAGCAGCAGUGGAGGCAGUGAGGCUUUCCUCCUACCUGCUGCCCCUCCACCAUGAUCCUUUGGCUAUGGCUCUGCUGCUGCUUCCCUGCUGCUGUAGGGCAGCCCGACUCGGAGCUGAUGGCAAGGUACCUGGAGGAAAAGCUGAUGGCAGACUACAGCGUUGCGGAGCAAGUUGUACGGCGUGUCCCAAGACAGACCAGAUUUUUGCAGAGGCUGGAAACUAGGCCUCGGAUGUCUGAAUUCUCAGUGAAAUCCACAAUCAUUUCUCGCUAUGCUUUCACCACGGUGUCCUGUACAAUGGUGAACAGUGGAUCCGAGGCACGAGAAGCCGUGUUUGAGAUGCAGAUCCCAGCUGCAGCUUUCAUCUCCAACUUUACCAUGAGCAUUGGCAACAAGACUUACUAUGGGGAGGUCACAGGGAAAGAAAAGAAGCACAGCAACGAUGACAAAGCAAAGACGAAGAAACCUCCAAGUCCUGUGAACGGAAGAGAGAAUGGCUAUGAGACAUUCAAAGCUUCAGUUUUCAUUCCUCGGAAGAUGCAAGCCAACUUCCUACUGCAUUAUGAAGAGCUCUUGCAAAGGCGAUUGGGAAAAUAUGAGUAUACGGUCAGCAUCCGGCCCCAGCAGCUGGUGGGGAGGUUACGAGUGGAGGUGAACAUUCUGGAGAACUCAGGUAUCAUUUCACUGGAAGUGCCUCCCCUUCGAAACAGCAAGCAUAAAGGCAAUGGAAAAGCUGAAGGUGAUGUCUCUCCUCCUCCUUCUACUGUGAUUGGACAAACCAAAACCUUAGCUAAAGUUACAUUCAGUCCCAAUGUUGUCGAGCAAACCAAGAUUGCCCGAAAUGGCAUCCUGGGAGACUUCAUAGUCAGAUACGAUGUCAACCGGGAGCUGAGUGUCGGAGAUGUUCAGAUUCUUAAUGGGUAUUUUGUACACUACUUUGCACCCAUGGAUCUACCUCCCUUACCAAAGAACGUUGUCUUUGUCCUUGACAGCAGUGCAUCCAUGGUGGGGACAAAACUAAAGCAGACCAAAGAAGCUCUCUUCACAAUCCUCCAGGACCUAAGGCCUGAAGACCACUUCAAUAUCAUUGGCUUUUCCAACCGAAUAAAGGUCUGGCAGCAGGAUCGGCUGGUGCCAGUUACCCCAAAUAAUAUAAGAGAUGCCAAAAAGUACAUUCAUAACAUGUCACCUACUGGAGGGACUAAUAUUAACAGUGCUCUCCAGACGGGUGCAAAGCUGUUAAAUGAUUACAUUGCUCAGAACAACAUCGAUGCCAGAAGCGUCUCUCUGAUCAUCUUCCUCACGGAUGGGAGGCCCACUGUUGGGGAAACACAGUCAUCCAAAAUCCUCAGCAAUACCAAGGAUGCCAUCCGUGAUAAAUUCUGCCUCUUCACCAUUGGCAUUGGCAAUGAUGUGGACUACAAGCUGCUGGAGAGGAUGGCACUGGAGAACUGUGGCAUGAUGAGGCAUUUCCAGGAGGAUGAGGAUGCAGCCAACCACCUGAAAGGAUUCUAUGAUGAGAUAGGAACACCCCUCCUCUCUGACAUCCGUAUUGAUUACCCUGAAGACAAUGUGGAGCAAGUCACUCAGAACUUCUUCCCCAACUACUUCAAUGGCUCUGAAAUUAUAAUAGCUGGCAAACUCAUCAACCGCACCUCAGAUAGCCUCCAUGUGGAGGUGACUGCUAGCAACUCCAAGAAGUACAUCCUCCUCAAAACAGAUGUGGCUAUUGACUUGCCAAGCACGAAUGACAUCAGAGCUGUCCCUGGUCUGGAAGAUGGCAGAGCUGAUCAAAAUUACAUUGAGAGGGCAUGGAGUUACCUCACCAUCAAGGAACUGCUAAACUCUCGGCUAAAGAGUAAUGACAAUCAGGAGAAAGAAUAUUUAACAGAGAAAGCGAAGUCAAUGGCCCUGGCUUACAAUUUUGUGACUCCCUUCACCUAUCUGAAGAUGAGAGAGGCUGGGCUCCAUUCAGAACCACCUCACGAGGAGCUUAUCAGCCCUUCUACUGAUGGCAUUGGUGAAAAGUUGCAGAGCUUGCAAGGACACAAGGCACCACCAGGUAUACGCAGACAUCAAGAUAAGCAAAGAAUUAAAAUCUCCAAAACUUCAGCGGAUGGAGACCCUCACUUUGUCAUCGAUUUUCCCUCCAGCAAGUUCUCUGUCUGCUUCAAUAUUGAUGGAGAACCAGGAGACAUUCUUCGACUGGUCUCUGACCAUAAGGAAUCUGGUGUAACUGUGAAUGGACAAUUAAUUGGAGCUCCUGCACCACCCAAUGGCCACAAGAAACAUCGGACUUACUUCAACACAAUCACUAUCCUCAGCAAUAAGCCAGAGAGAUCUUACCUGGAGAUCACACCCACCAGAAUUAUCCUGGAUGAUGGAGAACGACUUAUUCUGUCCUGUGACCGGAAUGCUGUUGUGAGGAGCAGCAGCCUAGAGGUGUCCAUCUCUGCCAAUUCCAACAUCACUGUGACAAUUCGAGACACAAUCAGCUUUGUCAUCCUCAUCCACCGCUACAAGAAGCCAGCCCCGUAUCAGAAGGAUCACCUGGGGUUCUACAUCUCCAACAGUAAAGGUCUCUCUUCUGACUCCCACGGGUUACUGGGUCAGUUCUUGAGCCAUGAAGUUAAACUUCUUCGGGAAUCUUUAAACAUAAAUCAACAGCAAGUUGGCCAAAACCAAACCGAAGCAUUACAGCCAAACCUUACAAACACUCUGAAAGUGAAGGGCCGGCUUGUUCCUGUUGUGUGGAAGCAAAGGAGGAUCUACAAUGGCCAGCAGCAAGUUGACUGCUGGUUUGCCAAAAACAACGCAGACAAACUGAUUGAUGGCAGCUAUAAAGACUAUUUGGCUUCUCAUCCUUUUGACACUGGGACCAGCCCUGGGACGAGAAACAGCCUUUAAGACUGAUCAUAGCAAUGCAUUGCAGCAGCAUGUGUGACAGCGGGUCCCUUCUGAAGCCUCUAGAGAUAGGCAAUUUAUGAAUAUUUCUAUACUUUUUGGUGCCAAAGAAACCAAGUCUUGUUGCCCUUGGAAAUCCACUGUCUCUAAUUCAUGCUACAUGAACAGGGUUCAUCAAAUUCCUGAAGACAAGGAGGUGGGAGGAAAGGAUUGAGGAUACAGUUAAAGUUGUGAUUGGUGUUCUCCUAGUGGGUCAGGAGGGAGAAAGGGGCUGGCAGUCCUAUAAAUGCAGAGAGCUGCCUGCCUUAAAUCCAUUCAGGGAUCUGUGCAAUAACCCCAGGGUCUGUGAGUCACCCAUGAAAGGCGUGAAUCAUACAUCACAGUGCCUAUCUAGGGAGGCAACCUUGGGUGAAAAUACUUUGCAAGGAAGUGACGUGGAGUACAUGCUCCAGCCAUGGUCCCUGGGAAGAGAAGAGGGAGAGGAGAGAUGGGUGGAUACUCAUCUGCAGAGAGCCAUUAGCAUCAAAAAGGUAAGAAAGAAAUAAAAACUUUAAGGCCACAACAAGGUAUUGAUUUCUUGGCUGCUGGGAUAGGGUCUGGAUUUGCCACUAAACAUGCUGCGCCCUGAAUACUACAGACUCUUAAUAUAGUGGUGAAAACCCUUAUAGAGCUUAUUGCUGUCUUAGAGCACAGGCUGCAUGCAUAAAAGCACCUGUGGUCCUCUGCAGAAAUAGGAUCGGUGCCAGCAGUCAUUCCUCAAGCUGUCCCAUUUAAAUGACAUUAUAAAUGUCGUGAUUUCAUCCUGAUUCGUUACUCCCUCAGAGAGGAGCAAAGUUCCAUGGUGAGCUUCCAGCAAACCUCCCAUUUCCUUGAGCAGAGCAUUUCUGCUUUGCAGAGAUUUAAAUUUGCUGAAACAUAAUGAACAUGCACUCUCCAUAGCUUGUGAACCUACAAGAAGUGUCUCAAUUUUGACUUUAGACUGGACAGUUGUAGCUGCUUUUCUAAUCAGAGAAGUAUUUAUUUAUUCCAAAUCUUCAAAAAAUUUCAUCCCAGUUUCCCUGGCUGCUUCUCCUUCCUUGCCCUGCAGGAAUUUGUACACAGCAGGAAUUUGGCAGCAGA